ACCGCCAGCAAUCGCCUAGCGAACAGCCAACGGUCAACAUAUAGCAGCCACUUAGCUCUAUAGCUGAUACAACACAACCUUUUCAAACAACGCAGUUUGUGUAAACAAUCAAAUUGUCGCAGCCAUAUCGAGUGUGCUUACAAGUUCAGCGGAAAGUUUUUCGAAUACCACUUGAAAACCAAUCAAUCAAUAAAGAUGUCUGCUUCGCCGACCGCCCGUCAAGCCAUUACCCAGGCUCUGCCCAUGAUGACCAGGAAGAUUAUCAUCUCGGAUCCAAUGCAGAUGCCCGAGGUCUACUCCUCUACACCCGGAGGAACCCUGUACUCCACCACCCCUGGAGGCACUAAACUGAUCUACGAGCGGGCCUUCAUGAAGAAUCUCCGUGGCUCCCCCCUGAGCCAAACGCCCCCACCCAAUGUGCCCAGUUGUUUGCUGAGGGGCACUCCCCGUACUCCCUUCCGCAAAUGUGUGCCCGUCCCAACGGAACUGGUCAAGAAGACAAAGUCUCUGAAGAUCGAAGAUCAGGAACAGUUCCAACUGGAUCUGUAGGGGAUAUGGUCGAAGUCCCUCCAAGCAGCAACUGCCAAAAUCAUUUAGUCAAUAGAUAAACCCACUAAAACCCGAUCUUAUAAGCUUAGUGUGCAUCGUUUUAGCCAUACCCAUCAACUAGAUGCUAAGUUCUUAGUUCUUCCACAUUGUUUUGUUCUUUCGGUCAUAUUGACUUUGUAACUUGGAAACUCUAGAAGUUAAGUAAAAAGCAAUAAAAAAAUACACAUAAU